UAUCAGUGCUGAAGUUUGUGGCAAACAUGAAGGUUCUUGAUCUGCUUCGGAAACUAUAUUUUUACUGGAGUGACUUCCGGUUCGGGGUGAAGUCCUUUUUCUCCACAAAUUGUUACCAAUUUCGAGAUGUUAUGAUGGUUGGAGCAGGAUUUUUUGGCGAAAAAGAUGUACCAUUGUGGAAGUACUGUUGCAUGUUGAUGUAUCGACUAUUGGGGUAUUACCAACUCGUGAUGGCUGUUGCAAAAACAGGACUCAGUAUUUGCGAAGGAGACAAUUUUCUGGAUAUAUUGGGGUCAUUGUUGGUAUCGCUAUUUAUGUUGGCAGUUGAGUUCAAAGUAUUCAUGUUCAAACACUAUCGUCAAAGUAUUCGACAGAUUCAGAGCUUUUUCGAUGGCCGUUAUGGCCAUUCAGGUGACUAUCGUUUCGACAUUCGUAUGUACCGGAGAGCGAAUAGCGUUACUUGGAAAGCUUUCCUGGCUAUGUAUCUGCUUAUCUGUUGCGAUCAAGUGCUGAUAUGGAUUCCGAAUUCCGCACAGGAACGUAUGUUCGGUAUACCAACACGAUUCGCCGACUAUGGAUCUCGGAUAUCUAAGACGAUGCAGGGAAUGUAUUUGUGCUCCUUGGCGUAUUUCUGGGGCUGUCGAUAUUUCUGUUGCUCAUCCAUAGUCAUGCCUUUACUCGUCAAGCUGAGAGCAGAUCUUGCGAUUGUUCAGCAUGGAUUUGAAAUGAUCCGCAUAAACACGGAUUCCAGAUGGGAAUCGAAUGCACUGCUGUGGGGAUAUCUUAAGAAAUUGUUUAAUAGAACAGUUAAGCAGCAUUUCCGAAUUUUGAGACACGUAAAUCUGAUGCAACCAGCAGUGAACAACACCUAUGCAACGGUCUACUACAGUAACAUGGGGCUCGUGGCGUUGGCUGUAUUUUUAGCAAUUCAAAGUGGAAUGACAUUUAUGUCCUUCUGCUUGAUUAUCACUGCUAUUGGGUUCAUGGUGGAAUGCUACUCAUGGUGCUUUCUGAUUGGCUUGAUUCAAGAUACUAUGAUGGAGAUCUCAUCAACGGCAUCUCAGCUGGCUUUUCUGCCACCACAUUCGCCAAAACAUCAUUCGGAAUACGUUCAGUGGCGAACGUCACUCAUGAUAGUUCAACUCAAUGCAUCGCAAAUGGACUGGUUCCGGUGUGGAAACAUUUUCUUUAUCUCGACCGAACGGUUUGGAGAAUUGUGCAUGAUAGUGUACCGUUUUGCUGCGUUUCUUAUGAAAUUUGCUUGAACAUGCUAAAGAAGUAGACAAAAUAGUUCUUGAUUUUAAAUUAAAUUACUCAUUACGCGUGGUAAAGAUGGUGAAUUUAUGACUAAAAUUAUGAAAAAAAAAUCACGUGCUCAGGUGGGAUUCGAAAUCACGACUCUUGUAUGCUAGACGAGUGAUUUAACAACUAAGCUACUUUGUAACCCAAUAACACAUAAUGUUUCAAAAUCUCAAUCGAUUUCUAUUAUUUUUGGAGUAAAAUUUCUUUUGAAUAGCAUUUGAAUGUUAUGAAGAUUUAGAGUUCAAAAUCUCAUAAAGAAAUGUUUGCCACACUGUACUCUAUUGUCAGUUUCCAGUCCAAUCUUGGCUCGAAAAGAUGAUUCUUAAUUUACUUCAUGAUGGAGUCUGAUUCUCUACAGAGUGUUCUUUCACAGUCAUUAAAUGAGAACUUUUGUUGUCCACAGAUCAUUUUUGCA